UAUAGAUAUUAGAUAAGUAUUAAAUUUAAGCCUCAUUCUGGCUGGUGAGUGGUGAUUGUCACGUGCAUCCAAAUUUUAAUACUCAGUAACAAUAAUUUAAAUUUGAAUUAUAUUUUAUGAUAAUCUUAAAUUAUCUUAUAUUCUUAUUUCUUCCUAGUAAUUAAUUACCUGUUACCGCUCGAAUAUGAUGAUUGAUAUUUGAUACCGUUAAUUCACAAUUGAUUAUUUCACCGUCGUUUUCACUCUAAAUAUUAUUGUAAAAUUCAGUCAUGUCUAAGGCUCUUGUUAGCUUAGUCACAGGAGCCGCUUCUGGAUUAGGAAAAGCCACUGUUGAACGACUUGUAAAAGAUGGAUACAAAGUAAUAAUGUGUGACUUACAAUCAUCAAAAGGAAAAAGUGUUGCUGAAACAAUUGGUCCUAACACUAGUUUUGUUCCUACUGACGUACGAUCUGAAAUUGAUGUUCAGAAUGCUAUCGACACUUGUAAACAACUUCAUGGAAAAUUAGACUUGAUUGUCAAUUGUGCGGGUAUAAGUGUCGCACGCAAAGUAUUUAAUUUCAACAAAGGCAGUGCCCAUAGCUUAGAAGAAUUUACUGAUGUACUUAUGGUAAAUACUGUAGGCAGUUUCAAUGUUAUCCGAUUGGGUGCCGCCUUAAUGGGAAAUAAUGAAACUGAUGAAAAUGGUCAACGAGGAGUAGUGAUCAAUACAUCAGGAUAUUCUGCUUAUGAUGGGCAAAUGGGCCAAGUUGCUUUUGCAGCCAGCAAAGGAGCAAUUGCUGCAAUGACAUUACCUCUUGCAAGGGAUUUGGCAUCACAAGGCAUUAGACAUUGUUCGAUAUCUCCAGGAUUGUUUGACACUCCACUGUUAAAUCAUUUACCAGAAAAAGUUAAAAACUAUUUUGCAGAUAUGACUCCAUGUCCCAAGAGGUUAGGACAACCGGAAGAAUUUGCAAAUCUUGUUUUAAGCAUUGUCAAUAAUCCAUUUCUAAAUGGAGAAGUUAUCAGGAUAGACGGUGGAAUCAGAUUUAUUUAAAUCAUUUGUAGUAUAUUAUCUUAAUAUAUUUUAAGUUUGUACUUCUAUACAUUAUAUUUUUAAUAUUUGAUUUAACUAGUCAAUAAGUAGUUGGUAAAAUAAAAUAUAUUUAUAAUUUGUAA